AUGGUCACGAUGACCAAGCCGCAAAGGCUGCUCUUCCUCCAGCCUGUACCGCACAGGGACCCACCUUUCUUGCCUUUUUUUCUCUUCUUCUGUCGACCCGCAACCGUAGGCUACUGUCGUCGGACUGGCGGUUUGACUCCUCACUCGACUGCCUCAACCGGCCAGGUUAGUGGGCUCGCAUCAACCCACCUGAUUAUGGGAGCCAGAUGGGAGGUGUACGGCAAAGAUAUGCGAACAUUUGACGUUCAAGGUGUGCUUGCCUAG